UUGUUUGGGUUGAAAGGGUCUUCCCAUCCCUUUUGCUAAUCACUUUGCCCCACCCUGAUUCGAAAAGGAAUGAAGGUACCAAACGGGUGUACCAAGCUUUGCUGUACAGACGCAAUAAGAUGAAUCUCUCCUGCAACUGGAAGAAGGAAACAAACUGCAUCUCAGAUUUCCCUCCCUUCCAAUAUGAGCAUAGUAUUUUUGGAAGAUUGAAUUCUAUUUGAUUGCCCCUGGACUAUCACUCCCACCCACUUGCAGAAAAUAUGACUACUAACGAAAGUUGAAUGUAUAACACUCAAUAGAGCUGCACUUUCUUAUGACUCGUUGGAAGGCUUUGAAAAUGUGGUUCCUGGCAGCUGCUGAGCUGCAUGUAUAAUGUAUAUGAAGAUUGUGAUGUGCGAGCAAGGAUCUAACAAACGCCUCUGGCACCUGUUGUCAGAGGAUUGUGUGGAUGCUCGGGCAUCUGUACCCUUUUCUUUCUCUGACGGUGUGAUGAGAUAGGAAGGAAACACCAGAAAUCUCAAAGUGAACGAGAGAAUCUAAGUCACUUUGGUUUGUAUUCACGUUGGAGUCGAUAGAGCACGUUCGGUCAUGAUAAUGCUGUGAAAUCGAGCAUGGGUGGUUUCUACCUGUAAUGUGCUUAAAAUUUUGCCGAACUAAAUCGCUCACAUGGUGUUGCUCUCGCGUCUAGUAUUGCGGAAAUUACCUAAGGUUUCACGUUAUAUUGCUUGGGACUUGGAGCUAAAGACAGUUGUUGCAUUGUCUUGGGCUCCAAGGUCAAAUUUGUCGACAAGAAAUUCGAGUUGCGCCCUCCCCCAUAUAAUUGGGGGAAGCCCAAGAGUACGUGAACUUAGUGGAGCGGGUUUGAGAAAAUAUUCUUCCGCGGCGAUGUCCAUGACUGUAGACGAUCGUGAAGCGGUGAAACAGAGUAUCACUUCAACAGUUGUUGAGGAACCUGUGCAGAAAGAGUCCACUGCCCGGAAGUUGCUCACACUUGUCAUCAUUCACAGCGAUGGCAAGGUGCUUCUAGGAUUGAAGAAGCGAGGAUUUGGCAAAGGAUAUUACAAUGGCUUUGGUGGGAAGGUCGAGAAAGGAGAGACGAUUGAUCAGGCUGCUGCAAGAGAGCUACAAGAAGAAUCGGGAGUCACUGCUACGGAUAUGGAAAAGCGCGGCAUUUUGACGUUCCAUUUCGACAAUGAUCCACUUGCCUGGGAGGUCCAUGUGUAUUAUGCAACUAAAUUUCUUGGGGAGCCUUGCGAAACUGAUGAAAUGGCUCCAACUUGGUUUUCUGUUGCCGAUAUACCUUACGAUGUAAUGUGGUCAGACGACCCCCUCUGGUAUCCACUUUUACUGGCAGGUCAGCAAUUCAAAGGAGACUUCUGCUUCACCAACACAACCACUCUAACCUCUCACACAAUUGAAGUGGUCUCCAGUUUGUAGAAUUACUUAAAGUAAUAUCGACUAGAAUACCUACAUACCUCCUGCCUAUCUCGUCCUGUUCUCGAUCACUAGUCCCCCAAGAACUUUCUUGGAUGACUCGAUGACUCCAAGGGCACUACGACAGAGGUUGUCACCUUCAUAGCAGUUUUGUGCUAGUACAGAUCUAUGUCAGAGUUCGAUAGAUAGCACUUCAUAUUGGAAAUAUGUGGACACUUCGAGCUCAAUUUUGAUUCUUUUCAUGAUUAGUAGUUGUUCUGUCAAGCAUCGUCUUUGGAAAAACAUCACGACUUGCACUUGAAGACGCAUUUUCCCUUUCAGAAGCUUUUAACCGGCACACUUUUUAGUUCGAACCAGUUUCCUGCAGUGAAACACGGGGCCCAGAAAUCUGUUCUGGAGGUAGGUUUGUAACUGAAUUGUGAGGAGUCAAAUGUAAAUCUAAUCAUCUGAGAAUCGUUACUUCAUGAAGGUGACGGAGAAUUGUAUCGAUCUCACCGCAAGUUCGAGAAGCGUAGGGAAGCGCCAGGGCGCUAUAUUGCCUCCGCACAUGUGCUAUGGGGAUAGAGUGAAAAACCAAAUCCUAAUUAGAAUACCACUGCUGCAAAAUUCGGAAAUAGCUGCAUUCGCCUCUGUUAGUAGGGAGUAGCACAACUGGGUAAUUCUCACAAGGAUGACGGUCAACCUUUGGCAUCCCUAGGUGAUAGUGAGCUUCGGAGCGUAUGUCCUUGCAAGAGACAGAAUGAGUGUAAACGAGUUUCUAUACAUAUACAAGA